AGAAAUGAUCAUAUUGUUAGAGUGAUUCCGUAAGAAAGUACUUGACCCGGCCCAUGGAUUUCCUAAGUGUUAACAGAACUUCGAUGAUUGCAACAUAUUUAUUCCUGGGAUUUUUUAUAGCCAACCAUACGAUAACAGGGGCUACAAAACCAAUUGGUGUAUGUAAUGGAAGAAUUGCCGAUAAUUUGCCCUCCGAGCAAGACGUUGUCAGUUUCUAUACAAUGAACGGCAUUGGAAAAAUGAGAAUCUACGAUCCAAACCAAGCAACUCUCCAGGCUCUCAGAGGAACAAACAUAGAACUAAUCCUUGGUGUUCCCAACGGAGACCUUCAAUCCCUUACCACUCCCUCAACUGCAAACAAUUGGGUCCAAAACAACAUAGUAGCCUUCUCACCUUCAGUCAAUUUCCGAUACAUUGCAGUUGGGAACGAAGUAGAACCAAGCGAUCCAGCAAGUCAAUAUGUUCUCCCUGCGAUGCAAAACAUUUACAAUGCUUUGGUAUCUACAAAUUUAGGUGGUGAAAUCAAGGUUUCCACAUCAGUGUCGGCAAGUUUGUUGGCCCAAUCAUACCCUCCCUCAGCAGGUUCAUUUGGUGCAACAUCAUCCACUUACAUGACACCAAUUGUCUCAUUCUUAGCAACCACAGGAGCACCUCUUCUCGUCAACGUGUACCCUUACUUUGCCUACAUUGGUGAUCCCCAAAACAUACGUCUCGACUUUGCCUUGUUUACAGCUCAGGGAUCUGUAUUUCAAGAUGGCGCACUGGCUUACCAAAACCUGUUCGAUGCAAUAGUGGAUGCCUUUUAUUCAGCGUUGGAAGCUGCUGGGGGUGCCAAUGUGGAGAUUGUCGUAUCGGAGACUGGUUGGCCAUCUACCGGAGAAGCAGCGGCAACUGUUGAUAAUGCAAGCACUUACUACAAGAAUUUGAUCAAUCAUGUCAACGAUGGAACUCCCAAGAAGCCUGGAAAAGCUAUGGAAACCUAUCUUUUCGCAAUUUUUGACGAAGACCAGAAGGGUCCAGCUGAAACUGAGCGCCAUUUCGGCCUCUUCUCCCCUGAUAAGCAGCCCAAGUAUAAUAAUAUUAGUUUCAGUUGAUUAGAUAAGGAAAGGGAUACCGGGAUAGUGACCACGAGCGGGUUUUUGGGUUUAGUGCGAAAUUUGUUGCUACCCAAUUUCUCAUCAUAGUGACUAAAACUAGUUUUACUCAUCAGUACAUGUACGGUUUGAUUCUUUAUAUUAAAUAAAAUAAAUUAGUUUUUUU